ACGGCUUGUUUCGAACGCACAAUUUCUGAAUACGGGCUGUUUGUAUUUCUCCGUAGAUUGAGCGUAUCGAUACUUUCACAGUAUUUAUAAAGCACUUAAACCUGCUUUAUUAUAUAAAAGACAUAAAAUCUCACUUUUUUAUAAUAUGGGACCUUUAAAGGAGGAAGACAUGUAAUGAAUCUAAUAAUGAGUUAUGGUAAAUGCUUUAAAGGUCCCAUAUUAUGCUCAUGAGGGGGGUUUUAUGGAUUAAUUAUUGUCGUCAGCAGUAGUUACUCAGCUGGAGCUCCAGAUAACAGAUGUGCAGAGUUCAGCUGCCUGGUCGCAGAGCUGUGAAGAGAGCAAACUGUGUGGAGCUGAAGUGAAGUCGAGGCGGGGCCAAAUUGGUCGACAGCAAGUCUCUCUCUCUCUCUCUCUCUCUGUCUCUGUCUCUCUCUCUCUCUGUGAGUCUGUGUGUCUGUCUCAAACAUUCUCGCCAACAUGCCUCAAGCAUGACAAUAAACUGGUUUAGCUGGGUGACUGAGAGGAAAAGAAGCCAUGUAACAGAAACGUUUCGACACCUGGACUAGAAGCUCACAGUUUGUGAAGGAAAAACAUGGUGAAGAAGGAGGCGAGAUGACGGGAUUAAAGUUUAACCAAGGAGAGGAUUGAGUAAACAUCAUUAAGGACUACAGAAUGGCACAUCGCUCUCAGUGUUCCUCUGCUGGGGAUAACCCCCUGGACCCCAACUACCUCCCCCCUCACUAUCGGGAAGAGUACCGCUUGGCUAUUGACGCCCUGAUUGAGGAAGACUUGGACGGAUACUAUCAGUUCCUCCAAAAAGCAGAUGUGGUGGACUUCCUGUCCUCAACUGAGGUUCAGUAUAUUCAGAACUCUGUUCAGGCCCCUCAGCAGCACAACCACCCUGAACAACAUUUUCAGGAGACUGGGGUAGAUGGCUCCUCAGACACUUACUGGCCGAUUCACUCUGACCUGGACGCCCCAGGUUUGGACCUCGGCUGGCCUCAACAGCACCCCUUUAUUGGGCCCACAGAGGUCACCACUCUGGUCAACCCCCCUGAGCCUGACAUGCCGAGUAUCAAGGAGCAGGCCCGACGACUUAUCAAGAAUGCUCAGCAGGUGGUUGCUAUAGUGAUGGACAUGUUUACUGAUGUUGACAUAUUUGCGGAUAUUCUUGAUGCUGCCAUGAGGAAUGUUGCCGUCUACAUCAUCCUAGACAAGCAGAACGCACAUCACUUCGUCAACAUGGUGUCCAACUGCAGAGUCAAUAUACAGAACAUUCAACUUUUACGUGUGAGAACAGUGUCUGGCAUCACGUACCACUGCCGCUCAGGGAAAUCCUUCAAAGGUCAGAUGAUGGAUCGCUUCUUGUUGACAGACUGCAGGGCUGUGCUGAGUGGAAACUACAGCUUCAUGUGGUCUUUUGAGAAGCUCAACCGCUGUAUGGCACACCUUUUCCUUGGACAGCUUGUGUCGACCUUUGAUGAAGAGUUUCGGAUUCUGUUCGCUCAGUCUGAUCCGUUGGUGCUUGAAAAUUUCACUCCAAUGGAAGAGCUUAGCCUUAAAAGGCAAUAUCCAAGUGAAAGAACACUGUAUAGAGAGCCAAAGAACGCCGCUCAUCAAGAGGAAUGGCCGAGACAGUCCUAUGAUGAUCUGGAUUGGAGAAUGAUGUCCCUUAAAAAGCAGGAAUACAUGCACGGCCCUGCAGAUACGUACAACAGAUUUAAAUCCCAGCAAUCUCGCAUGGAUCCGUCUUUUGAUCAGGGCCCCUCCAGGAUGCCCAUGAUAGAAAAUCUCGCCUUCAAACGUCACAGUUAUGCUGAAGGCGUUCACAGUAGAUACUCUCACCCAUUCCUGCAGCAACAGGGAAUGCCAGAGCCUGAGAACCAAGGAAGGCAUCUCCACAGGGGGCAGCAGCCUGGACCAGGACCAGGACCAGGACCAGGACGAGGACGAGGACCAGGACCAGGAAAAGAAGCAGAUUACAGUGGCAAUGACAAGUUCUGGAACCAAGACUUUUAUUCAGGAGAUCAGUACUCUGAUCCUGGUUUUCCACAGGAAACGGAGCCACUUGAUAACUUUGACCCUGUGCUUAACUAUUUAUCAUCUACCAGAAAUGCAGACGUUGAUCAGGGCUCUGAGAAAUCACUACCUGCAUCAGAUUUACCAUUUGGUUCACCUCACCCUAGAAGAUCGAAUAGGCGCCAGCCUAAUGCCUGUCAAACAUCUCCCACCCCCUCAAAUCCCUCUGAUCAGAAGCAGUAUUUCCAGGAGCCUGACCGCAAGGAUCCUAUGGUGAAACGGGGGCUGAGAAACUGGAGGAUUAGCUCAUACCUCAGUGCACAUGAUAAUCCAGGAGAUGAAGGCCUGCCAUCGACACCACCUAAUGCAGAUCCUUUUGAGGAGCCCUCUUACCCCAUGCAGCAAACACCAGGCAUAGAUUUAUCAAUCCCUAAAGUCCCUAAUGUCAGAGAGUUUAGGAUUCCUGCAGUUCCCAGGGCAAGUCAGAUACCAAAUUAUGCCAAAACCACUGCACAAGAACAGCCAAAGAAAUUGCCUGAUGAACUUACUGCAGUAGCAGCAGAAACCAAAACAACACCAACACCUUCAGAAUCAUCAUCCACAACUGACGUGGAGGAGGCAGAGCAAAAGGAACCAAAAACUACUGGUCUUCGAAGGGAGGAGUCGUUCCGUAGGAAAUACAAUGCAGCGAUACCGAGGAGCUCUAGGUUAAGAUCCUCUCUGAUAUUCAGCUCUCUGGAGCAGCAGCAACAUACUUCUCAAGAUACCAAAGCUGCUCUAGGCCAACAGGAUGAGGAAAGUGACAAAAAUGAGGCAGAACAGACAAAACCCCCUUUUGUUUCUCAGGUUUUGGGACAAAGGAGGACUACUGCAAGAGAACCUUUUGAAUGGAGCCGUUACAUGAAGUCUGCCACAGACCCAUCCAAACCAGAUGAUUCACCAAAGGACAAAAAUUCAAAGGAUCUUUCAGAGAUACAAGAAUCAUUAAAACCACCAGAUGAAGAGCAAGCAAAACCUUCACCAUCAAUGCCCCGAUCCAAGGCUUCUAACGCUGACUUGCCUCAAACCAAUCAGCCAGAACAGCCACCCAUGCUCACCACUCCAUUGUUUGUAGAUAUGAGUGAUCCUGAUAACAGGCUCAUGUUUUUCAAAGAGAUGGCAGCAAAACGCAAAGCCGCUAAAGCUGCAGAAGCUGCAGAAGCUGAAAAGAACAAAGAGAAGGCUUUGAUGGAAUCACCAACUGAACUAAAAAACAACAAUACUGUUAAAAAGGAGGAACCUGUACCAAAAGAAACCUCAGAAAAGAUGGCUGAUGCUUCAACAUCUGAGGGUGUAUUAGAAAAAAAUGCUACUGCAGAGGAUGCAGGGAAAACAGUAUCCACAGAAGCAUGCAAGUCAGUCAGUCUGUCUUUAGAUGCCAGUGAUAAGACUAGCAAGCAGGACAGUCAGGUCAAGACUGAUCCCAAUACCUCCCAAAGCUGUAAACAAGAACAAACAAGAGUUUCAACUGAUUCAGAGAAGAUAGAGCUGAAGAACUGCCAAUCAGCAGCAACUGGGUCUGUUUCUGCAGAAACAGAAGCACCUCAGAGCGAACCACCAGAAGAGCCAAAGCUCUCAAAUCCUGCUGUAAAAACGAGUAGCCCCAGUCAUCCACCUACACCAACAACAACUACUCCUGCUAGUGUUCCUUCUCUUGCACAAGGUACUGAUGAAAAAGAAAGCACAUGCCUUGAUUCUACCUCAAAGGAGUCUAGUUCACUCACUCCCAGUUCAGUGGAGGUACCACCAUCUUCUGCAGUUGCUGCAUUGGAUUCUAACACCCAAAGUCCUGAAUCAGUUCAGUUAGAAACCAGCGUCUCCUCUCCUCCUCUGCUACCUGAACAACACACUGGAUCAGAAUUAAGCUCUUCCAUCCCACCGGGCCAAAACUCUUCCUCUGAUCACAUUCUACCAGAUUCUGGUUCACAGAUCAAUCCAAGUCCUUCACCCUCUAGCUCUGCUCCUCUUUCCACUCCAGCAGAGACCAUAUCCUCUAAUGUUACCCCAGAAGAUUCAAGCUCUCCGCUAACUUCCAGCACAUUGUCCCCAAAUGCACAGGAAUCUGUCACCCCUUCACCACCAGAACCCUCCCAAUUGACACCAUCCGAGACCCGUUCAGCAGCUGACUCUGCACAUGUUGAAUCUGAUAUUUCUCCUGACACAUGUGCUGCUGAUUCAGAGCCAAACACAUCCUCAUCACAGCCCAGUACAAAGACUGAAGAAUCUUGUGAUCCUACACCUUCAGAAAAAGAUGUCCCUGAAUCAGAAAACAACGCUGCUCCAAAGAGUGUUGGAGAGGAAUCGGAGGUUCUUGGAUCAUCAAAGGAUGUCAUAGCUGAUAGCACACCUCCUAGCCUUAGCCCUUCAUUGCCUGAAUCAUGUUUACCAAAUGUAUCUGAUCUGGAAAGUAAAUCCACACCUGCUGAAAAUGAGACUCCUACCCCCUCCCCAGCAGACACUCUACCCAAGCAUUCACCAGCAGAAACAAGCUCUCCUGUCCACCCAGACUUGACUCCUAAUGCUUCCCAGCCAGAAAGACAAGCGACCCCUCCCUCCGAACUUAACCUGACAGAAAUUGUCGCUCCUUCUCCUACUGAAACAGUAUCAUGUUCUCAACUAACGGAGUCGGUUGGAUCAGUUUUGUCCCCUGAGGCUGAAAAAACAUUGGCUACAUUGCACAGCGCCUCAGAUACUAACUGUCAUCCAAAGGAGAUUGCAACAGACGCCACCGAAACUCCAAUGCUCCUAUCAGCAGAAACGUCAAGCCCAUCUGAGCGUACCUCAAAAGUCCCAAUAGAGCCUGACCUGCCGUGCAAAACACCUGAAUCUGUGACUUGUGAACCCCACCCUUCAGAGCCACCUGUACCUGCUGAAAAUAGUAAUACGGACAUUCAGAAUGACUUAAGCAAAGAACCUGAAAUGUCUGUCCCUGGUGAGGAAAAAACUGAUGAUACAGAGACCACAAAUAAGGAGAAUGAAACUACUACACAGGAGUCAGUCUGCAAUGAGAAAACAAAUGAACAAGUAGGUGAGAAAACAAAUGAACACGUAGGGAAAAAUAACUGCUCCGAAACGCCAGAGAUCACAUCAGAUGAAGUCGUUCCUCCGUCACCACAGUCCAAGCAGCCAAAGUCAAACCAGUCUCGCUACUCAUCAUCAACAGCCAACGUGCUCUCAAGCAGCAACCUCAGAGACGAUACAAAGCUGCUUUUGGAGCAAAUUUCUGCCAACAGCCAAAGCAGGAACGAAGCUGCCAAAGAGUCUCCGGUCACUGAUGACGAGAAAGAAGACGAAGCUGACAAAAAUGCCAAAAGGGAGAAAGAACGAGGGAUCAGGUCAUUUACCAAAGAGCAGUCAAGUCAGGACCGCGAGAAGCUGCUGGAGAAGAUUCAGAACAUGAGGAAGGAGAGGAAAGUUUACAGCCGAUUUGAGAUGGCACCUUAAAUGGGAUCGAAAGAAAGUUGAGAGAAUAAACAGCGCACACCGUGUGUGUAGAAGCAAAGUCAAUUAAAAGCUGAAAUGAUGACCAAGACAUUUUCUCACCAAAGACAUUUAAUAGAAGUGGGAUUUCUCUGUUUGUCCUCUGCAAACAAGGCACAAGAGGAGGCAGGGUACCUGUAUCAGUGGCACUGAACGUUAAAGGGUAAAACUAUCAGUGAUACAAAUGAAUACAAAUCUGAUGUCCCAAAUACAUGUGCCAUGACCAACAAAGGGCUUCUUCCAGUGGGCGAAUCACCAAGUUGCUACUAUUGUGAAAAGUACAUGGACUGAGACUACAUAUGUGUGAUCAAAUAUGUUUUUACUGACUGCAUGGGUAAAGUGCAAUGCUUGCAACAGGUUGUUUUCUGUGAUGAGUUCUGUCCUUGCCUUUUUUACAGCACUGACAGCCAUUACAUUAAUGUUAGCUGGUUUUAAGACAAAAUGUGAUGUAAAAGUAUAAUAGAGAAUCUAAAGUAGUCAGAGUUUGUCAAACUGUAAUAUACUGCCGUUUAUAUUUUAGUAUUUCACAACCAUGUUAAACAAAGAUUUUGAUAAUCGUGUUUGUGAUGCAAGUGAAUAUAUAAAUUCAUAUGCAUGCAGGACUGUUCUGGUAUAAAUAAUAAUAGCUUUAAUUCUUUUAUAAUCUGAAUCAAACAUGGAAUUGAAACAUUAUGAACAAACCUAAGUUUAAACAUGAUGUGCCUACAAUAUGAAUGUGUAGAUCAUUGCACACCACACAGUAGGUCAUAUUUUUGGUUUCUUUUUUUCUAUCUAUCCAGUAGUCAUUAAGGUUAAAUGUCAAUUUCCCAAGCUGCACCUGGUUUCCUUAAAGGGUCAGUUCACCCAAAUUACCUGAAUCGUCCAAAUUGUUUCUAUUUUGAUGAUUUGUGAAACAAACAAACAUAAGGAAAGAUAUCUUGCUUUUUAAGUGUUUAAAUUAAAUUUUUGGCCAUGUGAAGCCAAAGCUACCUUUGUUACAUUUUUGUAAUUUGCUGGAACCAACCCUUUAAUUGUCUGUGAAAAUGUGCUUUUUUUCAAUGAAAACUAGUCAUACCUGCAACAAGAAAUUCUGAAACUGCAAAGACUUUACACAACAGUAUGUAGAAUUUUGCUCUGAAAGUUACACUUUUUAUAAUGGAUUUAUGAACGCUGUCUUCGGCACUACAACACUAGCAAAUUUGUAAAUAAAAUGUCUUUAAAAUG